GUUCCACAAACAUUACAAAUACAAAUAGGACUUAUGCAGCGACUGAUAGUAUCUAGUGAAAGAGAUAUCCAACCAGUUGAAGAAGUUAAUUCUUUUCGUUUAUCUGUCUUUUUAUUGCGAUAUUCGAAAUAAUUGGGGACGUUCUGAAUUCUUGACAUCAGAAUGAGUGAGAAUAAUGAACCUCAAAGAAAUAAAAGGAAACGGAAGAAGUCUUUCCUGAAAAACGCACGAAAGUAUGCCAAAAAAGGUCAUUUCGGAUGUGGAAGCCAGUUGGAAAGUGAUACUUAUCAAUAUUUUGUGAAAAUUAUGGAAGUUUACAGAGAAGGAUUCGAAAAUGAUGAAGACAAAAAGAUAUUUGUGGACAAUGUUUUCCAACAAACAGAAAACCAGGAGAUUCAGUGCAGUUGUAAUCAAAUAGGUUGCAGGGUAAUAGAAAUGUUAUUGCCAUUUGCAAGUGAUGAUGUAAUGAAGAAGUUUAUGGAUUCAUUUGGUAAAGAAUUACGUCCACUUUGCAGUGAUAAGUUUGCUAGUCACAUAUUAGAAGAAUUGGUUACCCAAAGCUGUAAACGCUCUUCUCAAAAUAUCGAUAUGAAGGAAGAAUAUAAAGAAUUUACUUUAAAAAUAAGCAAAUUUUUGUUGAAUAACCUGGAAGAUUUCCUAUGGGACCCUUAUGCAAAUCAUAUUAUAAGAACUUGUUUGCAAAAUUUAUCCAAUAUUCCUAAGGAAGAUCCUAAGUCAAAAGAUAACGACAAGAAGAAAUUGAAAGAAGAAGCAGAAGAUGAUUCGAUUGUUCCUGAAUAUGCAGAUGUUGUUAUUGAGUAUGGGGAACGUCUUUUAACUUGGCCCCAGUUUCCAGAUCUGUGUAAAAAUGAGAAAACUUCAGGGUUUCUUCAGAUUUUGUUGAAAGCUCUGAAGAAAGUCAGCUCUAAACUACUAAAAAAGUAUAUGAAAAAACUUUUAGAAUGCUUUGCUCCGGAAGAUGACAAUGCAGACCUAAACAAAUUACCACCAGUAUUUUUAGCAACAAGUUCCCUCAUGGUUCUAGAGGUUUAUUUGCAAGUUGCACCAAAAAAAUAUUUUUCACAAAUUUAUAUAAAAUGCUUUGCUGGAAGAUUGUUCAAAUUGUCCAAAAUACGAAACACCAAUUUUGCUGUGCAAAAACUCAUUACUCAUUGCCAAGAUAAAAGUGAAUUUGAAUCUAUGUUUGAUGAGUUAGCUGAUCAUUUCUCAGAAAUAAUAAAAGAAGGACAUACAGGUGUGAUAUGGGCGAUUGCUGAUGGAUGCAAAAGGUUAACUGCCAAACAAGGACCAUUUGUCAAUAGCAUUUUGAAAAGUUUAAAUUGUCUAGAGCCAGAAUCUAAGCAAUCAUCAAUUGUGAUAUGUUUGGCAAGAAUGAAAACAUUCGAGGAGAAUACUUCAUCUAGUUUGAGUAACGAGGAAUUACAAAAGACUAGAUUAAAUUUGCAUGGAACCCUCAUACUGCAAAUACUGCUGGAAUUCAAUAAACCUAUUAAAAUUGUAAAUAGUCUACUCGAAAUGGAAACUAAUACUUUGAAAGCUCUAUUAUCCAACACUAUGGGUAGUCAUAUUGUUGAUUCAUUUGUAAAAAGUCAGUUUGUUGGAGAAAAGAGUAGAGAGAAAUUAGUAAGGAAAAUGAAGGGUACUUAUCAGGACUUGGCUGCUACGAAAUUUGGCUCUAGAUCAUUUGAAGCUAUCUGGAAUGCUGCUGGUUUAAAACAUAAAAUGGCCAUCAUGGAUGAGCUGUGCUAUAAAGAUGGUUUAUGGUCGAAUUCAGAUCAUGGAAAAAUUAUCGCUAACAAAAUUCAAUUGUCAUUGUACAAAAAGAAUAAAGAGGAGUGGAAAAAUAGUUGGCACAAGAAGAAGGAUGAAGUUCUCAAACUCUUGGAAGAAGUAGCGAAAUAGAAAAGAGCCAAACACUAGGAUUUACCUCAAUUUUGAAAUUGAAUGGAAAAUUAUAGAAGACAUGAAUAUCAUUCCAAUUGAAGCUGUGACUUAGAUUUGUGCUGCUACAUAAUUUGAAUAUUUUUGGUGCAUUCAUAUAAUUUUAUCUGCCAUUUUCUGCUCUUGACUCAACUUAUAUGGAAUACUAUGUUAGCUGACAUGUUUAAAUUAUUUCCAUAUAUAACUGAAAAAUAAUACAAAAUAAAAUGGUAUUCAAAAUUGUUUACUACCAUAGAGCCAAAUACAAUGAACGUAGUUAUGUACAUUACUGAAUUUUGAAGAACUUCUUGAAUUAAUUUCAAUAUAUGGUUAAUAGGACAACAAAACAGCUCAUCUGCUUAAAAAAUGGCUGUUACAGGACAAACAAACUACAGAUUCAUCAGAACAUAAAAGAAACAAAUGUUUCAGUUCAGUCAGCAUGUUUCAGCACUAUGCCGGCGCAUUAUACUAAAAAAAAUAAACUGAAUAAUAAUUAAACACAAAGGAAACACUGGUUAGCUUCUUCUCGGUUAUGUGAAUUUUUAUAUAUUUGUUAUCUUUAUUGUAAAAUAUGUUGUUACACUGAGGGUUACAUGUCAUUCCUGCUCGAUGCUAAAUAUUGUUUUGUUUGUCCUGCAACGGCUUUGAAACAGACUAUAUUCUCAGACAUGGACAUCCUCAAGCUGCAUUUGUAAUCAAUUCGUGAAGCGAAGAGCAUUUCGACACAGAAGCUAAGUAGGUAGAUGGAGUUCUCUGUUACCAUUCAUAAUGAAAUUUAAUCUAGCACGGAAUACGAAGUCGCCAAAAUUUCUUGUAUUUUGUCCAAAGUUUAUUACGAAUUGUAAAUUACGUCUCAACUUUUGUGCCAAAGUGCACUUCGACCCGGGAAUUGAUUACGAAUGCAGCAUUGUAGUUUACGACUGGUUAUUAGAUAGAGAUUAUCUAUGAAUAUUUGACUAUUAUGGUUCAAGAAUUAAUUAUUUUUAAUAAAUGAUUCAAUAUA